AUUCUUGACUAAUUUCAAAUUCCAACUAGACAUAAACAUGAGGAUAUCUGCUCUUCUUCUUACUUUUCUUUUCUACCGCGUCCUUCAUGUUAAAGGUCAAGAGCAGGAAGUUUCUGAUGUAGAAUCAGAGGCCAUUCCUGCUCUAGAUAAUAGAGCAGAGAGUACAAAGGAGAAAGAGGUUUCUCUGUUAGGAUCAGAAGACAUUCGUGCUCUGAAUAAUAGAGCAGAGAGUAAGGAAGAUCAGGAGAACAUUGACGGGAAUGAGAAGAACAAAAUUGAAGAUGAGGAUGAAAAAUCUUCAGUAGAGGUGGAUGAUAAAAAUCCAGAAUUAGAAUUAGAUGAUAAUGAUAAUUCUGAUGAUAAAAAUUCAGAAUCAAAUGGGGAUGAUGAUGAUGAUGAUUAUGAUAAUGAUGAUUUUGAUAAAAAAGAUUCAGAUUCAGAUGAGGACGAUGAUGAUGAAAAUGAUUCGGAUGAUAAAGAUUCAGAAUCAGACGAGGACCAUAGUGAUAAUGAUGAUGAUGAUGAUGAUGACGAUGAUGAAGAUGAAGAUGAAGAUAAAAAGUACUCUAACAGCAAUGAGGAUUCAGAUGACAAUGAUGGUAAAAGUCUAGAUGGGGACAGGAGUAAGGAAGAUGACAAAAAUCUUAAUAAAGAUCAGACCGUGAUUUCAUCAGAUGCUUCUCAGCAGCAGGAUGUCGAGCUGUGAUGUUUAAAUUUAUAAUAAUUUGUAAUCUGUGGAAAUAAUUUUUUUUUUUUAAAUGAAUCAAGUCUUUUCCGCAAACUCUAA